AUGGAUCUUUUUGCUAUUCCAGAGAUUGAGGGAUUUUUUCAUGUGCUAGAGAGUCGAUAUGUGGCUAUUCGGCCUUGUGCAGGAUUGUCAUUGACUGGCAUUACUAUUGUAAGCUUGAUGGAAAAGUUAAUUUGGCUGCAAAAGCUUAAUUGCCAUGGGCUGAUUUUUUUGGAGUCAUUGUAAUAUACUGAUUUAGUAUUAAAUGAUUAAGGAAAUGAUAUGGUAAUCGGUGAAUUUAAAGAAAAUAGAGACACUACCAUGACGAAUUAUAAUAAAAUAAUAUUAUAUAGAAUAAUUAUGCAGCAUCCAGAAAAUAAAGCAAACUACAAGCCAAAGCUUCCCUAUAAUUUCAGAUUGAAUAAAGAAAAUAGGAUUAAAAAAUGCUAGUCUAGAAGAAUUCCAAGGAACAAUUGUAAGCACUGAAUUUCUUACCGAAAUAAAUGACUUAUGUACAAAUUUUGGGCUUGAAGCCACCCAAACAAUAAAAGAAAACAAUAUUGAUUUUUUAUACUUAUCUAAAGAACUGAAUAUUACUAUAUGGGUUUAUGAUGUAAAAUCUCAUUUUGAAAUAAAAAACAAUCCCUUCAAUAAUCCAAUUUUACUAACUCUUAUGCAAAUAGAAAAACCAGACGGCUUAGAAGUGUCAAUUUUGUACCAUGAAAGUCAAGGCCUUGAUACUAGCCCUCAAACAAUUGAGCUGCCUUAUGCUAUGCCUAUAGAAGAUGGAAAAGGAGACCAAUCCAAUUUAAUUGACAAUAAUGGCAACUCACAAGUGCUUAAAAGCUUUAUCAAAAAAAUUAUUUCCUAUAUGCAGGAUAAUGCUAUGAUCAGUGAAGAGUCUUGUGAAAGGAUUAAUAGAGAGCUUCAAAUGCUAAAAACUUGUAAGAAGUGAAAAUGGGAAUUUGAGGAUGAUUUAAAAAAGCUGAUUGAAAAAUCAAUAAAAAACCCCGAAAUAUCUCAGAAAAUAAUUCAAAAUGAGCCAGAAAAAGCAUUAAAUGAACUUCCAAAAGCUGAUUUUAUCGAUUCAGUAGAAAAAGUCCCCAAAAAAGAUAUUGAAAUAGAGCCAGAAAGAAAUAAAAAUAGAACAGGAGUGAAAAAUAAGGAAUUUGUUGAGCCAGCCAAAAAAGAGAUUCCAAAAAGCAAUAUUAAUAAGCCUGAAGUAGAAAAAGUCCCAGAAAUCCCAAAGAAAAAAGAUGUCGAAAGAAAGCCAGAAAACACAGAAAUAAGAAAUCGUGAAUUUGUUGAGCCAAUCAGAAAUGAAAAACCUAAUUAUGAAUACAAAAAUUUUGUACAGCUUGCAGAGCCUGCAAUAAACCAGCAAGUAGCUCGAAAAAGUGCAAUAUGCUCAUUUUGUCAAGUUGAGUCUGCCCUUAAUGCUAUAUCAUUGGUUUGCAACUGCGAACUUUGCAUUAGUUGUUUGAGAUGUGGCGCAAGCUAUUCCAGGUGUCCAAGCUGCCAGCGAGAGUUAUCUGAUAGUGAACUUGACUCUAUAUUUGCUUUUAUCAUUAGCAUUUCCUAA